CAGCCAUUGGCGAUAACCACAAGAAAGCACCCAACUGUACAAGGGUCCUUUAUAAACAUUCUCCAUUCCUUCACUUCCCCUUCCAUCCACAUCCUUCUCCUUCUUCGCCUCUCUCUUCUGCCUUUCUCGUCUUCCUCUGCAAACAGGAGAAGGAGAAACUUAACCAACAAUGGCCUCCAUCACAAGAGCUUCCGUCUCCAUGCCGUCCCUCUCCACCUCUGUUAACCAGAGCCAGCGGAGGAUCUCGGUGAUGAAUUCCGUCUCCUUUCCCGUCAGUGGGAGAUCCAUGAUUCCUUCUCUUAGAUUGCAACGCGGGCUUCAAGUCUGCUGCGCGGCCAAGCAAGAGACCGUAGACAAAGUGGUUGCAAUAGUGAAGAAGCAGCUUGCUCUGCCAGCAGAUGCAGCUGUCACUGGAGAGUCUAAGUUUGCUGCUCUUGGUGCGGAUUCCCUUGAUACUGUCGAGAUUGUGAUGGGACUCGAGGAGGAGUUUGACAUCACCGUGGAGGAAGAGAGUGCACAGAGCAUUACCACAGUCCAGGAGGCCGCUGAUAUGAUCGAGAAGCUGGUCGAGAAGUGAAGCUAUUGAAGCUUUUUGAUCAUAUUAAGUUAUAUAUUAUCAAACUGAGUUGUGUUGUUGGAGGGUUUUUUUCUAGUUUCUAAGACGAAGAAUCUUUUAGUUUGUUGCAGUUUCUGAAACGUUUCGGUUGGCUAGUUUGGUCGUGUGCCUGAACUUAAAUUAUGUUACUGUGACCGUUUCUGUUUUGUUCUUCAUGGCUGGGUUUCUUUAGAUAUCUCACUGGCUAUCUCCUUCUGUUCUUUUACUUCUUGAUUUCCAAAGGUCUCAAGCUUGUUCGCUGAUUUCGAAUGCCAGAUGUUAAGCCAGCAUUCUGGGUUCUUUGUAGAAUUUCUCAAUUGAAAUAAAACAAGUUGGAGAAACGCAUUCUGUUUCUAAUCCGAUC